CGAGCAAGAAAUUUUAUUUACUAAUGUAAACACAAUCGGCGAGGACACAGCGAUGAUUUACGAAAUGUUGGUGUUUUUAACAGUAUUGCUAACCACAGCAACUGUUGAGGGUUACAUCACAUGUGGAAGUGACACAGAUUUACCAACACAGUGUUACGGUUCUGGGGCAUAUUGUUGUGGACUGUACAAUGAUGAAUGCUGCUGGGAUUCUGUAUAUUCAUUCUGGUGGUUUUGGUUCAUAUGGUUAAUGGUAAUGGUUUUCAUCAUAUCAUGCGCCAUCUGUGUCUGUAUCAGACGUCGUCGUCGUUAUGUUGCUAAUCCUAGAUACGUCAUAGUUGAUGGUACCCAGGCAUCGUACGGAUCAAUACCACAAGUUUAUGGUUACCCACCUGCUGGAGCUGGAAACCAACCGACAGGGCCUCCAACGGCACCUGCAUAUCAGGAGAAGCCACCAGAAUACAGUGCUGUUGUUGCAAACUGAGUAGUACAGGGAAGUCACUAAAUCUACUCAAGUUGUAUUUAUUCUUUAAUGAGGAAGAGCUUGUUGAUAUAGUAAUAGACAUAUUUACCUUUUCAAUGGCUGAAGAAAUUGUGAAAAAUUGUUGGACAAAUUUGUACUGCCCUUCCUAAGAACUGUGUUGAUUCUUGCUUUAGAUAUUUUUCCAAAAAAUAAUAACCAAAUUUAAGGCUAUUUCAAGAGAGAUUUUUCUAUGGAUUUUAUAGUUAAAAAAGUGCUUUAAAAAUAAGAUGAGUGUAUUAAAUAUUUCUUAUUAAUAUUUGUUUGAACAUAUCUUUACUUUAUUCUGGAAGUUAUGUAAAGUGCCUUGCUUUUAUAUGUUAAAGAUGCUUCCACAUGUACAUUCCAUUUUUAUUUUUUUGGCUUUUUUUUUCACAUUGAGUAAGAAAUUGUAAGGACUGUGAGGUUUGAUUGAAAAAAAGUAUGAUCAGAAUGGUUCUAAUUUUGUAUAUUUAUGUGCAGUUAAGUACAGUCUUAAUAGCUUUUCCUAUAGACUUGCAUUCUUUUCUAACAUGUAUGAAAUAGGUAGAUGAAAGAUAAUUCAAAAUAAACAAAACAUAAAUUUACACACCAACAUUCUAUGAUGAAGUAAUGUACUGGGAAACUUACAAACAGUUUAAAUUGGGGGCAUUUAUGUCAAUUUUUAGCUCACCUGUCACAAAGUGACAAGGUGAGCUUUUGUGAUCGAGCGGUGUCCAUCGUCCGCCGUCCGUUCGUGCGUGCGUCCGUAAACUUUUGCUUGUGACCACUCUAGAGGUCACAUUUUUCAUGGGAUCUUUAUGAAAGUUGGUCAGAAUGUUCAUCUUGAUGAUAUCUAGGUCAAGUUCGAAACUGGGUCACGUGCCUUCAAAAACUAGGUCAGUAGGUCUAAAAAUAGAAAAACCUUGUGACCUCUCUAGAGGCCAUAUAUUUCACAAGAUCUUCAUGAAAAUUGGUCAGAAUGUUCACCUUGAUGAUAUCUAGGUCAAGUUCGAAACUGGGUCACGUGCGGUCAAAAACUAGGUCAGUAAGUCUAAAAAUAGAAAAACCUUGUGACCUCUAGAGGCCAUAUAUUUCAUGAGAUCUUCAUGAAAAUUGGUCAGAAUGUUCACCUUGAUGAUAUCUAGGUCAAGUUCGAAAGUGGGACAUGUGCCUUCAAAAACUAGGUCAGUAGGUCAAAUAAUAGAAAAACCUUGUGACCUCUCUAGAGGCCAUAUUUUUCAUGGGAUCUGUAUGAAAGUUGGUCUGAAUGUUCAUCUUAUUGAUAUCUAGGUCAAGUUUGAAAGUGGGUCAUCUGCCUUCAAAAACUAGGUCAGUAGGUCAAAUAAUAGAAAAACCUUGUGACCUCUCUAAAGGCCAUAUUUUUCAUGGGAUCUGUAUGAAAAUUGGUCUGAAUGUUCAUCUUGAUGAUAUCUAGGUCAAGUUCGAAACAGGGUCAUGUGCGGUCAAAAACUAGGUCAGUAGGUCUAAAAAUAGAAAAACCUUGUGACCUCUCUAGAGGCCAUACUUGUGAAUGGAUCUCCAUAAAAAUUGGUCAGAAUGUUCACCUUGAUGAUAUCUAGGUCAAGUUUGAAAAUGGAUCACGUGCCAUAAAAAACUAGGUCAGUAGGUCAAAUAAUAAAAAAACCUUGUGACCUCUUUAGAGGCCAUACUUUUCAUGGGAUCUGUAUGAAAGUUGGUCUGAAUGUUCACCUUGAUGAUAUCUAGGUCAAAUUUGAAACUGGGUCAACUGCGGUCAAAAACUAGGUAAGUAGGUCUAAAAGUAUUAAAAUCUUUUGACCUCUCUAGAGGCCAUAUUUUUCAAUGGAUCUUCAUGAAAAUUGGUCAGAAUGUUCACCUUGAUGAUAUCUAGGUCAUUUUCGAAACUGGGUCACGUGCGGUCAAAAACAAGGCCAGUAGGUAUAAAAAUAGAAAAACCUUUUGACCUCUCUAGAGGUCAUAUUUUUCAUGAGAUCUUCAUGAAAAUUAGUGAGAAUGUUCACCUUGAUGAUAUCUAGGUAAAGUUCAAAACAGGGUCACCUACCUUCGAAAACUAGGUCAAUAGGUCAAAUAAUAGAAAAACCUUGUGACCUCUCUAGAGACCAUAUUUUUCAAUGGAUCUUCAUGAAAAUUGGUCAGAAUUUUUAUCUUGAUAAUAUCUAGGUCAAGUUCAAAACUGGGUCACAUGAGCUCAAAAACUAGGUCACUAUGUCAAAUAAUAGAAAAAACGACGUCAUACUCAAAACUGGGUCAUUUGGGAAGAGGUGAGCGAUUCAGGACCAUCAUGGUCCUCUUGUUUCUUCAUUUUACCUUUAAUGGAAAAUUAACAGAAUUUUCAAAAUUUGUUUCUUCUGUACAGGCCUGCAAAUAUGUAUUUAUUUCAUAAAAGAUGCAAAUAACUAUGCAGAUAAGAAAAAAAAUUAAUGUAUAUAUAUCGUUCUAAAAGUGUUAAUUAUAUUAAUGUUAAGAUUAAGAAAUUGCAGUAUUUUUAGAACAAUAUGUAUGUUUGUUAUUUUGUUUUGGGUGGAGCACCAUUUUUAACAUAUAUCAGUUACUGGUACAUUAAUUUAGGAAAUACAUGCAAGUGGAUGGGGAAAAUGGUGUUGUGAUCUUUUGUUUGGCUGUUUCAACGAUCAGUCUUCCUUGGUAUGUCUUGUUAUGUCAAAUAUGAGUGAAAUGCAUAUUUUAGCAUAAUUUACCUCAUUUUUAUUGGUAAUGCUCACACUUAACUAGUCCUGAUAUACAGUAUAUCUCUAUCAAGUGACUUACCAUACUUGAUUUAACUGUAUCUCAAGUUUUAACACUUGAACUGUUUUUUUAGAACAAAAAUGUAUGUCAGUUUCUGCAGGCAGUACCACAUGAAUUUGUAGCACAGUUUAGGUUGUGCAAACUUUUUAAUUGAAAAAAGAUCUAUGUUGCCAUAUUAGAUUAGGACAUGAAGAUAUAAAAUGUCAGUGACUGAAAUAGACUUGAGAAGAAGUCUGGUACAGUUCCUAAAAUUUUUGGGGGAGAGGCACUUAGAUUUGCCUUUGUCCAUAUGUCUGCCUGUACAUCCGAAUUUGUGUCAUGCAUAUCUUGGUAUUUGACCUAGUCAUCAAACCUCAAAGGAUUGUUAUUCAGUGUGUGAAGUUAUGUACCUGGUGUUCAAUUUUGAUUUAACACAGCCGGACCAGAGUUACUGCCCUUGACUUAGUCAAAAUUAUGCAUACAGUGACAGGUGAGGGUGCACCAGUGUCCUAUGGACACACAUUAGUUCUAGUACUAUUAAACGGAUGUGCAAGGCUGAUCAUGAUCUACACUGGUAGCAAAGGCAGAAUCAGUCGUGUCCAGCAUGAUAAGGGUUAAUCAAUUUACAGUGGCUAAGUGCAGUAACAAUAAAUGAAUAUUAUUGCUUUUAUUUUGUAAAAUUCAGUUAGAAUGCUGUCAUUUGUUUAUAAUUACAUUUACGUUUUUAUAUAAAGCUUUUCCCAUCACCCUCAAGAAGUUUAAAUUUAAUUUAGAAAUGAGUAAACAUUUUUCACUGACCCAUUACUUGAUUAAGAAAUGGUGAAGUAAUGUCAGUUAUUCGAAGCUUUUGCUUUUAGGUUUAAUUAGAAAUAUGUUUGUCUAGACUUCCCUUUCCUAUCAAAUAUUAAAUUUUGUGAACUUUAGUGGGAGAAUAUUUUGUUCCAUGAAAAACUUAUUUAUGCAGUGGAAUGUGUUCUUAUUUCUACAAUAAGCUGGGUAAAUUUAUAUAAUAUACCCGUAAUCAAAGGAUGUGUGUAUGAUUCAGGGUACAUAAUUUACACACAUAAAUUCACAUGAAAUGAAACAUUAAUACUGGUAAGGCAAGGCAGUUUCCACAAAAUUAAUUGUUUGGUUCUUGCGUUUGGUCUAUUGGCUGUUGAAAAAGUGAAAAGGCUCAGAGCUGAACCAGUAAAAAUAGAAGUCCGACAACAAAUAUAUCAUUCUAGUUUUCUGAAAAAUUUAAAGGGGUUACUGUUUAUGUAUUUUAAGUUUAACAUGUCUUGACUACCUACAAUAAUAAAUGUUUCAUUUUACUUGUUAGUUAGACAAACUAUCAAAUUUAUUAUAUAAACCUUAGUUUUUAAAAUUGAUUCUGUUUUUACAUUUUGCGAGGUUAUUUCAUCUAUGAAUAUGCAAAAUAUAUUUAUCAUUCUGUGUCUAUGUUAGAUUGGUUGAUGCAAGUUUUUAACCUGUUUUUCAUUCUGCAAUCUGUAUUAAAUGUUGUGCAAUAUUCCUUGGUAACAGCGGUUGCUAUCAAAGUUUGAGAUUACUGCGAUGUAUGUUUUCAAGUUGAGUUUUCAGUCUUGCAUUUUAAAUUGUGUUGGUUUUAUAAAAUACUUUUAUGUUGUUUGACUCGGCUGUAAAUACUUUAACAGUUAAAAUGUCUUUUUUUUUUAUAAAUAUUAAAAAAAACUUGAAAAUGUGCCUUACUGGUAUUAGGUUUAUGAUGUCAUCCUGUUUUUCUAUAAAAAUAUGCAUUAUAGUUUCACUUAAUGAGCUUGAGGUUAAAAAAUAAAUGACUGAGCCAUGCCAUGAGAAAACCAACAUAGUGGCUCUGCGACCAGCAUGGAUCCAGACCAGCCUGCGCAUCUGCGCAGUCUUGUCAGGAUCCAUGCUGUUUGCUUUCAAAGCCUAAUGCAAUUAGAGAAACUGCUAGCGAGCAGCAUGGAUCCUGACCAGACUGCGUGGGUGCACAGGCUAGUCUGAAUCCAUGCUGGUCGCAUAGCUACUAUCUUGGUUUUCUCAUGGUGCGGCUCAUAUAUACAUGUAUAUAUAUAAAGAGGUUUUGUCAGUGCAGGUAUUGUUUUUUAGAAAGGUUGUAUUUUCUUUGACAUAAAGAUCCUUACUGACAUUUUUUUUAUGUACAUGUGCUUCAAUAGUUGUAUCUAUAGUGCUGAUAUUAACUUGUGUCUUGUAUUGCCUUCAUUUUUUUUUUUAAAUAUGUGCGCUGAACUUAUUCCUCAGGGGUGGGGGGCAUUAAUAAGGGAAUAUAUGGUAGAUAUAUUCCUCUCUAUGUAUUUUUAGCUCACCUGAAUGCUCAGGUGAGUUUUUGUGAUCUCUCGAUGUCUGGCGUCUGUCAACAUUUAGCUUGUGUAUGCGAUAGAGGCUGUAUUUUUCACCUGAUCUUCAUGAAAUUUUGUCAGAGUGAUUGCCUUGAUAAAGUCUAGACAAGUUCGAAAAUGGGUCAUCUGUGGUCAAAAACUAGGCCAGUUGGUCAAAUCAAAGAAAAGCCUUGUGUAUGCGAUAUAGGCUGUAUUUUUCAACUGAUCUUCAUGAAUUUUGGUCAGAAUGAUUACCUUGAUGAAAUCUAGGCCAGGUUUGAAAAUGGGUCAUCUGCGGUUAACAACUAGGUCACAAGGUCAAAUCAAAGAAAAACCUUGUGUAUGCGAUAGAGGCUGUAUUUUUCAACUGAUCUUCAUGAAUUUUGCUCAGAAUGAUCGAUGAAAUUUAGGACAACUUCGAAUAUGGGUCAUCUUUUAUCAAAAACUAGGUCACUAGGUCAUAUCAAAGUAAAAGCUUGUGUAUGUAAUAGAGACUGCAUUUUACACCGAAUCUUCAUGAAAUUUGAUCAGAAUGUUUGUGUGGAUGAAAUCUAGGCCAAGUUUGAAUAUGGGUCAUCUGGAGUCAAAAACUAGGACACCCAGUCAAAUUAAAGAAAAACCUUGUGUAGGCAAUAGGGGCUGCAUAUUACACUGGAUAUUUAUAAAAUUUAGUCAGAAUGAUUGCCUUGAUGAAAUCCAGGAGGAUUAUCAGUAUGGGUCAUCUGGGAUCAAAAGCUAGGUCAAAUCAAAGAAAAACGUGUUUGCCAUAGAGGCUGUAUUUUUCAAUUGAUCUUCAUGAAUUUUGGUCAGAAUGAUUUCCUUGAUGAAAUCUAGGUUAAGUUCGAAUGUGGGUCAUCUUGGGUCAAAAACUAGGUCACUAGGUCAAAUCAAAGAAAAACCUUGUGUAUGCAGUAUGGGCUGCAUUUUACACCAUAUCUUCAUGACAUUUGAUCAGAAUAUUUGUUUGGAUGAAAUCAAGGUUGAGAUUGAAUAUGGGUCAUUUAGGGUCAAAAACUAGGUCACCCGGACAAAUUAAAGAAAAACCUUGUGUAGGCAAUAUGGGCUGCAUUUUGCACUUGAUAUUCAUAAAAUUUAGUCAGAAUGAUUGCCUUGAUGAAAUCUAGGCCAAGUUCAAAUAUGGGUCAUCUGGGAAUCAUGUUUACACUGUUAUGAUGUGUUUCUCAGGUGAGCGACCUAGGGCCGUCUUGACCCUCUUGUUUUAAAAUACCUUGAGGGGAAAGAGCUGAAUAUUUAUUUCAUGUGGUUAAAACUUUUUUUAUAUCUUCCUCAUUGCAUUGCACUGAAUGGAUACAUCUGUUCAUGUUCUCAGUAGUUCAUUGAACCACUGUAGAAUUGUUUCUGAUAUUUCCUCAUCUAGUUCCCCAUAUUUCUUGCAUCAGCAUCUUGAGUGGGGUGUUCAUAUUAUGGUGAAAGGUACUUUGAAAUCAAAUAUACCUUCAAUAUUAAUUGGAAACAAAGGUGUCUAAUUUAAAUAUAUAUAUAUUAAUUACAAAGGUUUCCUUUUACAACCACAUUAGAUACAUUAUCUAUCCAAGGUUAUUAGAAUAGAACACAGUAAUCAGUACAAUUUGAACUUGAUCAUAUGUGCAUGAGUGUACGCUAUUUCAACUUAUCUUUGUAAGUUGCGAAAUCAGUAAAGAUGUAACCACAUGGAUUUAGUAUAUGUAAACAGGAUACAGUCAGUAUACUAUUAAUAGAACAUUAUUUUAUAUAACUGUUUAUUUGUUGCAUAAUACAGUAUAAAUGGUGAAUAUUUAACAAGGUAUUAUAAUUAUUGAAGCUUUAAGAACGAGGUGGUGUAACACAUCAUAUAACCAGAUACAAAGUUAAUGAUUUACAAGUGGUAUGAAAUGUCAUUAUUUCUAAUAAAUAUUGUGUAUGUGAAUUUUGUUAAAAUCAUAUUGCUUGUUAUGGAGAAGUCUGAAUAGAUUUUAAUUAAAUCCUAGUAAAUCUU